GUAGAGAAUUGAUACAAAACCUUAGGCAUCCUUGACAGUAAUGCGAAUCCAAUGUCUAGCCUGUGACAUCUCCAUCAGCAGGACGUUAUGCAUCUGUACCUUCUUGCUGUGGUGGCCGCUUUGGCGCUGCCCGCGGUUCAGGCCCUCGACCCUCCUUCUCCCGACAGCUACUGGCAGGUGUCACCAGCCAUUAACUAUUCUGAUCCUAUCUACGCAGGUUGGCCCCAGCUCAAAGUCGAUGCCGAAGUGCUCGUAUACAAAGGCACAGAUGUGAACCGUACCUACGCUCACCAUCCCGAACUUUACUAUGACGGCAAGCGUGUCUUCUUGAUGUACUCUACAUCACCAAUCGACGAAGACGCUACCGGCCAGGAUGCGUGGUUGUCGACUUCGACUGAUGGCGGCUUCACCUGGUCCAAGGGUUACUCUAUCCUUCCAGAUGCUCUUCUACCAAAUCAAACGCAUGCAGCCAACUACACUUACUGGUGCGACAACCGCAUUUGGCAGCGAGCCCAUCAUCCUGUAGCUUGGGUGCCGAUCGAUAAGAAACACUUAUACGCUGUAUCGCAAACAACCUUACGCUACUGCUGGGGCGACGAUGCAAAGGGAACGAAGGCAGCAGGCAGAAUCGCUCGUGUUAUCGACAAGAAAGGACAGCCUGUAGGCGACCCCUGUUGGACCCAGCAAAACGAGUGGACAAAGGAAGUCCGUUUCAACGAAACCAUCUACGGAAAAUAUGGCAUGAAGUACUGCAAGCACGCCAAACAGAUUGAGACAUACUUGGAAAAGCCAGAAAAGGUGCCCGCCUGGGGCACAUGGCUGUAUCAAACCAAAAUGUUCGCCGCCGACAAUAAGCACGAUGUACAAGAACCCACGCACUCAGUCUGGUUCGGCAACAAGCAUGGAGGCUACUGGGAGCGAUUCUGGCGCGAUAUUUCGAGCUCGAAUCUCAUCAGCACCGCCGUAUGGGUCGAGCACACCGACUCACGUCAAGGCAAAGACUGGUACCCGAAGAUCGAGCAACAGCACGGAAACAAGAUCUUCCAAACGAACAUUCCGGACGUGGGUAGCAAGCAGCACCUUGGCUCCUUGCCGAAUGGUGAUCGCUUCCUCGUGCACAAUCCUCGCAACAACACCGAGCGCUACCGCCAGCCGCUUACCAUUGCUACUUCACGGGGAUCCGACAGAUCGUACAAGGGCAUUGGUGUGCUUCGUACCAACGCAAGUACCAUUAUCGCCCCCGAUACGCGCAAGUUAAAGCGGUUGAUGUUCAGCUAUCCUACUGCCAUUCUGGUCGAAGGCAAGUUGGUUGUUUCGUAUAGUGAGAAUAAGGAGAAUAUCUGGGUUAAUGUUGUGGAUCCGAAGAAUCUUCUUUAGCUUCUCUCAUCUAUACGGCAAUGAUAUGUCGAGUUGAUAAUAUGAAUAAAUGAUAAUGCUUGUGAUCCCUUGCUCACAGUUAUUUCCUACAGCUACCACAGAUAGAGGACAUAU